CCCAUCCCUUCUUUAACCCCACUUUAAUUCCCUAAAAGCUGCUGCCUCGCCCCCUCAGUCAAAGACUCCAAUGAUAUUUCCCUCAGUCAGUGCAACAAGAGCUGUGCCCUCUCCCAGGAGCUGAGAGAGAGAGAGAGAGGGAGAGGGAGAGACUCAGUCAGUCCUAUUGCUUGUGAUAUUCUGCUCCCACCCAUAUCCCACCCCUUUCUCAGACACAGCCAGCACUUACACCAAGACAGCCCUACACACAUAACACACUCAUUUUGCCUUUUACUAUAUCAAAAGAAAACCCAUUGUAGGUAAGGGGAAAAGGCAGGAAAAAUAGACCACACAAAUGUAACCUUAGUCCUUUGGAGUCGUUGCAUUGCAAAAGGAAGGAAAAGAACAGCUAGUGUGAAUCCUACAGUUGCUGGUGGAAGAUUUAUUGAAAAGGCUAGCAACGAGAAGAGCGAAGGCAUGCUGGAUUUUAAAGGGAUCUAUCACCUUAUGGUUGUAGGUGCGGUGCUGUCAACUUUCUGCAUUCAGGCGUCUUUUGCAACGGGCUAUUUCCAGGUCAGGUUUGACUCGGUGCAGAACGUUAACGGCGAGUUGGAGAACGGGGAUUGUUGUGAUGGAUCUCGGAAUCCUCUGGAUCGAAAAUGCACUCGGGACGAGUGUGAUACCUAUUUUAGACUCUGCCUGAAGGAGUACCAAGCCCGCAUUACCACCACAGGAGCCUGCACUUUCGGCAGUGGAUCAACCCCUGUCCUGGGCAAAAACACCUUCUCCCUCCCGGAUAAAAACACAGCAGGGAGCAUUGUUAUCCCCUUCCUAUUUGCCUGGCCGGUAAGUGACUUUGUUCCACUCCAGCCGACCUUCUCACUUCUCUCCACAAUCCUGACCAGGCGAUUUCUGUUUUUCUCUAAGUGACUUUUAAACGUUGCA